AUGGACAUUGGCCAACUUAAUGGUGUGAUAUUUCUUGAUUUAAAAAAAGCAUUCGAUACUGUUAAUCACGACAUCCUUCUUAGUAAGUUGGCAAUUUAUGACAUAAGGGGGUCGGCAUUACGCUGGCUCAACUCCUAUUUAACAGGUCGAAUACAAUAUUGCCAAGUGAAUGCCCAUUUAUCUGAUCCUCUAUGUGUGACAACGGGUAUACCACAAGGUUUGGCUCUUGGUCCACUCUUGUUCCUAAUUUACAUAAAUGACCUACCUAAUUGUCUGGAACACACUAAAGUCAAUAUGUUUGCCGACGAUACCCAAAUUGAAACGGCAGGUUAUGAUGUUUAUAAUACAAUUGCUGAGGAACUUAAUCAAGAUCUAGAAAAGGGGGCCUAUUAUAGUUUCGCGGUUAUGCGGUUUUAG